AUGCCACCAGAUACUUACGGGAGAUGGAGAAAUACCCAGGAUACAGGGCCGCCUGCGCCAAAUAUGCAGGAGAUGGAAAAUACUAACUGGAUUGAUCAGCCAGCAAUUCGCAAUACAGCGAAUCAUCAGGAGCGUAUUCCGGUUCCGUUCAAUCCAUAUGCAAUGCCUGGAAACUCGGCACCGGUACCUGGCGCUUAUGCAGCUGAUGCAGCUGGCGUAAAUCACGUUCAGCAACAACAUCAGCAACAGCAUCAGGCACAGGCUUGGAAUCGGAUGCAGUUCCAACAGGCCGCACAAGCUGUCAGCAAUGAAUAUGAGAAUCUGACAAAUCUGCUCAAUUCUUACCGACCAGCACCGAUCCCGCAGCAGCAGCAACCGCCGCCACAGCCACCGCCACCACCACCACCACCACCACCACCUCCACCACCACCUCCACCAGCACCACAGCCUUUCAUGCCGCUUGGUAACAUCACCUACAAUGGUGCAACUGCUGCCGUACCACCUGGCACUUUUCCGAUUCCAGGGCCGUGUUCGCAGAUUGCGAAUACAGCAGUCCCGCCGCCACCGUUGUUCAAUGCGCAUGUGCCUCCCCCACAAACGGUCACCGCUCGUGCUGUCCCGGCCAAUCUACCGAAUGCUGCGUGGCAGCCGGCGACUGUCGCGUUUCCGACAAAUGGAGUAGCACCGAACGUUGUUGAAAACCCGCAGCAAUUCGCGAACACACAUCGCGCAACUUGGAAUUAUAAUUGGUAG